CAGCAGAUCUUCCAGCAGGAAAAAGCGCCAACUUCUGCUGCACCGUCUGAAGAGUCAAACGCCAGUAGAGAUGGUUAAAAGGACUGGAUAUUUGUAGAAAUACGCCAAACGCAGAGCUGGAAUGACUCAUUUGGUGAGGUGCGCUGUUGCGUCUCAGUAGGAAAGAGUCACCCUCCAGUUACCGGGGUAAGAUGCCAGGUCUUCAGGGUGAAGAUGUUGUGGCAGCGCAGGGGAGUCCUGUGAAGAAGAGCAAACUUUCUCUGAAGUUCUUCCAAAAGAAAGAAACAAAAAGAGCUCUGAAUUUCUCAGAACCUCAAACAGAUGAGGCCAAAACCAUUGAACCAGAGGAGCCUGAGGAAAGCUGUGAGCAGGUGGUGUUUGGUCCUGCUCCCUGUCCAGCAUCACCUGGUAUUCCUCUGCCAUGGGAGAAGAGAGAGAACUUGGUCCCAUUUGUGGGGCUUAAUAACCUGGGGAACACCUGCUAUUUGAACAGUAUCUUACAGGUUCUGUAUUACUGCCCAGGGUUCAAAGAAGGCAUAAAGAAGCUGUAUGAUAUCUCCAAAAGAAAAGACAAGCUAAAGGCAGAAAACGAUAAAAAUGAGGCUCAAAGUCAGCAGUCAGAUUGUGUGUGUGUGUCUCUGCCAGCUCACAUUGAGCUCCUCAGUAGCUUCACCAGCCUGAUCACGUCAGUAGAGGAGCUGCAGUCUGGCAUCCUGCUCAACCCUGAGAGCUUCACCGACGGAGAGCUGGCCACACCACCACGAAAAGUACUGAACACACUCAGGCAGCUAAACCCCAUGUAUGAAGGCUUUCUCCAGCAUGAUGCUCAGGAGGUUCUGCAGUGCCUCCUGGGAUACAUCCAGGAGGCCUGUGACACCAUCAGGAAGGAGCUGGAGUUGGAAUGGGAGGAUAAUGAUGAUAAAGAAGUUAAAGUGGAAAAUGGCAUAAAUUUGGUUGUCACCUGUUCCAAGACAGAAUCCAGACCUCUCACAGACGAGGAUGAGCAAGUCAGCGGCAAGAGGAAGAGCGACACUGAAGUAGGAAAUGCCAAGAAGAAGCCAAAGUCUGUCAAGUCGAAGAAAUCUGACACGGCAGAGGAAAACAUUUGUAGAAACGGACCUCUCACUCGCUCCAAGAGGAAGUCCUCCAGUGACCUCCCAGUGGAAAGCAAUCAGAAUAAAGAUGAGGAGGAGGCAGAGAAGGAGGGGGGUAAGAAAUUGCAUAAAGAGGGAGGAAAUGAGGGGAAAGGGGAAAAUGCCACUAAGGAGACAGAAGGAAAGAGGAAGAAGAGAGCUAAGCUGAGCUGGCUGAGACCAUCUGGAAAACAGCCAAGUAUUUUUUCCAAGUUCUGCAGCGUGGGAAAGAUCAGCUCCACAUCUGUGAAGAACCAGAACAAAGCAGAGCAGGAAAAAGGUAUAACAGAUGGGCCAAAUGAGAAAGCUGGACAAGACCUGCCACCUCAAACCACAGCUGAAGACAAGAGUGCACAGAAACAUAAAGAGGACCUGGGCCUGAUGGAACAGUUGUUCCACGGCCGGUUGGUUCUGAGAACUCGAUGUCUGGAGUGUGAAAGCUUCACUGAGCGGAAAGAAGACUUCCAGGACAUCAGUGUCCCAGUGCUUGAUGACCAACCCAUCAGCCCAGACAACCUCUCUGAAGUUUCUCCGGACCCCAAACCAGAGCUGAAGACUCUAAAAUGGGCCAUUGCUCAGUUUGCCUCAGUAGAGCGGAUUGUUGGAGAGGACAAAUACUUCUGUGAAACCUGCCAUCAUUACACCGAGGCUGAGAGAAGUCUGCUGUUUGACAAAACUCCUGAAGUCAUCACCAUCCACCUGAAGCGCUUCUCUGCCAACAGCUUAGAGAUGGACCCGUAUGCUGGCCUCUGUAAGGUGAAUACUCCCUUACAGACACCUUUAACCUUGUCCCUGGAAGAGUGGUGUACAAAGCCCUCAUCCACUAAAGGCCAGCAGUAUCAGCUCUUUGCUGUGGUCAUGCACAGUGGCGUCACCAUCAGCAGUGGCCACUACACCACCUACAUUCACAUGUCUGAUGUACAGGACGUGAGGCUCUGGCUGCGGGACAAAAAAGAAACAGAAGUGGAGAAGGAGGAGAAAGAAAGCAAAGAGGGAGUACAGAAAGAUGGAGUUGAAGACUAUGAUGAUGGAGAGGUGUCUUUCAGCCUGAAUGCAAGGGGACAGAGACGUGCAAGUUUGGCUAACUCUAAAUCGAGAAGCAAAAAGCGAUCAGAGGGUGGCGUUGGACUGUUGGGAGGGCAGAGGAGUCUGUCCAGCUAUGAGCUUCGAAACGGCAGCAAAGAGACAGAAAAAGCCGACACAGGCGGGGCAGCUAACGGAUCAAAACGAAGAAAGACAAUCAGUAGUUCCAGUCAAAACACUGAAGCUGGGCUUAAAGAGGAGUCAGAUGCUUCAAAGGAGACACAGGUUUCUUCCUGUGGUGGGAUGGAGGCCUUAAAGCAGCAGGCUUUCAACAACCUGCUGGAAUAUGAGGGUAAAUGGCUGCUGUUUGAUGACUCUGAGGUGCGUUUAUUUGAGGAAGAGGAUUUUCUUCGCACCUGCUCUCCUGACACAUGUUCCUCAUCAACACCUUACCUGCUGUUCUACAAAAGAGUGACUGAACAUGGGCACUAAAAUAAACACAGGCCUUUUAGCAAUUAAGACAGAUUUAUUGCUCCUCUGCAAAAAACUAAACUUUGACCAUCUUAAAAGUUAUCUUGGUUGUACUUUGCAGCAUGUCUCCUGUGGGACCAAGAUCUUUUCAGUGUAGAGACCCAUUUCAUAGAAACCAGCUGUGUGGAAAUGCGUGAUUUUUGCUGUCUGUACUGUAAUUUCUUUGACACUGGUUUUAAUACUCAUUGAUCUAAACAAAGAUUUUUUUUUCACUCAGUUUAAGUUUAGUUUAUUUUUACAAAGUGGAAAAAGCAUUUUAAACUAAAGUUUCAUUAAGUUAAAAUGCAAAAAAACUUUGACUGUUCUGGCUUUUCUAGAUUUUUUUUUUCCUUAUAUUUUCUUAUAAACAGUUCACCCACCUUUUUUCCCUCUGGAAUGAUCUCUGGUCUGAGUUCAUGUCGUUGGACACAUCAUGGUUAAAAUUUGUGAUGAUGGUGGCAGCCAUAUUGGACUACAGUCACACCAGCAGCAGAUAUUUGAAUGUUUGGUAUAAUUAAUUCAAAGCUUAUAAAAGGUGGUGUUGGUACUGGAAUAGUUCAGUUUACUUUGUACUCUUCAGAUAUCAGACUUUUCAGUGUGCCAAGUUGAAACAAAGAUUUCAUCAGUAAGUUAUUUUAGUAUAAACUGAACCUGCAACCUGGGAUUUUAACUUUGAUGUGAAAAGAAAACAUUUAGAAAAAGCCCUGCACAGUGAGAUCCAGAUUCCUACCUCAUAUCACUUACCUCCAGUGUUUUUCCACUUUCUUCAAGAGAAAUAAAUUAAAAACAAAAAAAAGACUUAAUAUAAGAGUUUCAUUGGAUCUUUUCUUUGAUAUUUUAGCAAGCUGCUUAGACGAUUCCUGUUUAUGUCUUAAGGUUUAAGGCUGCCUGAACCAUGGCACUGAUUAGAGAAAUCUAUCACCCAAUCGGAGGAAAAUGCCACCAUUAUAUUCCGUCGUUUGAUAUUUUGUUUGUGGAGCCCUCUUUCAAACACCAGCACAAAAUGUCCCCAUACAUGCCCAGCUGAGCUGCCAACUUAAAUUAUUGUUAAAUAGUCAGCAUAAUUUCCUUUCAUCUGAACCUGACUAGAAAUGUGUCCCUGUUAAGUCUUUUAAUAAGUUUUUAAUGAACGCUUGUUCUAAGACCUGUAACAGUGUAGCUUCCAGCACCUGAGUAGAAGUGUUGUUAGAUCAUGAUUUGAGUGUUUGACCCACUUAUAAUUUAGCUGUUUUUAUAAGUAAUAUUUUGUAAGCUAUUAUCACAGGAUAUGUGAAACUUCAGUAUUUCAUUUGAAGAUUUAAUAUAAAAUAAAAACCCUAUUAGAUGUGCCUGUGAAAUUGUAUCCCGUCCAAGCUAUUCACUUUUGUGUUGGGGGGUCCACACUAUCAGCAAUAAAGUUUGUACUUGCA